CAUUUUCAAAAUCCAGACAUUUUUGUCAAAGCCAAAGAAUAUAGAAAGGAACAGAAGAGAAGAAAAGUCUUGAGAAGAUUUCCAGUUAUAGAAUCACUUUGUCCUCAAUUUUGGCCUUCUGGGUAUCUCUCUCUCAUCUCUGAUCCACUCGAAAAAGGUCAGCUCUUUGGUAUAGAAAGGAACAAAGGAGAAGAAAAGUCUCAGAAGAUUUCCAGUAAUAGAAUCACUUCGUCCGCAGUUUUGGCCAUCUGGGUAUCUCCUCUCUCUGAUCCACUCGAAAAAGGUCAGCUCUUUGGUUCUUAUUUUGUACAUCUCAGGUUAGCGAUUACACGUUGAGAUUUGGAAGGCAGUGACAACAGACUGUGAUGAAUUACCAGUCUGCUUCCAGAAACCACAGAACCAAAGGGUUCAAGGCUAAGCAAGCCUUAAAGUCUGCAAUGUUUUUGGCUCUCUGCAUCUGGUUGCUGUACCAGUGCAAGAACUCACACGGCACAACAACGGACAAACGCAUAAAAGUACAUAUAAAACUCGGUGAGGAACACAGUGCUAUGAUUCUGGGACGCCUAGGAAAUGAGGCACGGUAUAGCAGUGGAAGUGAUUCCAACUCAAAAGAUGUUGACUCUAUGGGAGAGAAAUCUGGUGAAGAAGAAACUUACAUCAAGGAAAAAGAACACAAUCGCAAAAGCAUUACCAGUGACGAAGAGAAACAAGAUCGGAAGGAUACCGAAAGCAAAAAUGAGAAGCCAGAAAGUAAUGAAGAGAACAAUCCUGGUAUAGCAUUGAGGCUAAAUAAGGAUUUGAACCAUGGAGACCAAAGAUUGAGGGUUAAUGAGGAAAGAGACUUGAAUGAACAACAGAAUGUUGAAGAAGGGCUAAGUUGGACGUUGAUACUGCAGAAAGACGAACCAUAUAAAGAGAAUAUUGAAGAUAAAGACCGUAUUGAGGAAACAGGCAACGGUGAAAUAGAAGAUGGGUUCCAUAGAUUUCAGGAUGAGAAUGGGGUUCCGGAAGAUGUUGAUCAUAUUAUAGAGUCUAUGCCAAGUGAAUCAAGUGCUGAUAAGAAAAGCUAUCUACUUCAAGAAAGUAGAAAUAGAUCCAUUGACAGCAUGCCCCGAGGAGGAGGAAGGGAAAUCAUGUCUAGAACCAGUGACAGCAUGCCCCGAGGAGGAGGAAGGAAAAUGAUGUCUAGAACCAGUGACAACAUGCCCUGAGGAGGAAGGAGAAUGUUGUAGGACAGAUUGGCAUCUAGAAGUUGAUUUCCAUUCUGUAAAUAAGGCAGAAUUGAUACAGCAUGUCUCCACACGCUUCAAAAGAAACUGAAAGUAUAGUGUAAAUACCGAAUACUGUCGUAUCGGUUAAUGCAUUUUCUGUUAUUUGUUAUUACACAACAUUUCUAGAUUACAGUUA